AUGGGUAAUGACAAUUGUUGUUUUUCAAGGGGAAAAUAAAAAAAGGAAACCUAAAUAAUAGAAACUUAAAAUUGUGUUCUUAUUAUAGGAUAACCAGGUUCAGGGAAAUCAAAACUACAUCAGAAACUAUUAAAAAUGAAUCAAAAUAAAUUUUGCUUCGUUGAUUGUCUUGCAAUAGACUUAGAAGAAUCAAUAGAUAAAAGAGAAGCAUUUAUCAACUAUUUUCAAAAUGAAUAUAGUUAAAUAACAAAAAGAAAAUAAAAAUAAAUAAUCUCCCUAAUUGUGACUGUUAAAUUUGAAAGAACAGAUAUUAUGAAACGAAACUUAUUGUCUGUGAUUAAAUAUUUUUAACUCUUUAUAGAUUUAAUCAUUAUUGCAGUUACCCAUUUUGAUUUAAGUGAUAAUUAACAAUAAGAUGAAGAUCAUUUAAGAAAUUCACUAAAAUUCUUAUUGAAAAAUGAUCAAAGUCGAAUUGUUUUUAGUGGAAAUUCAGAUAUAUAUGAUAAUCAAAUUAAUCAAACUCUAUCCACAAUCAUACAAAAAAUAGAGGAUGGUAAUAAAAAUAAAUUAGCAUUCACAUUAUAGAAUACAAUAUUUGAAAAAUUAGAUGAAACCACAUAAUUAAAUUAACUUGAGGAUUUUAGUUAGUACCCAAAACAAUAGUUAUAAAGUAAAAAAUUUUGA